AUGGUUUCCAAAGGCGUUGCUGCCCUGUGUGUCGGCAUGCUGGUGAUGGCGCUCCCACUACGGAUGCUCGCUGUAGUCUCUACUGUUGCUUCUACUGCGCGCGAAUUUUCAUGUGCUCACUUGCUGCUGCGUUCCAAGGGCUCUGGUGCCCCCCUACAUGUCGCUCGCGUGCCGCAUUCCCUCGGAGCAAAAGAUCUCACACGGGAUGCAGCAGGCCCGGUAGAAGCAGCGAGGUCGUCGCCGGAUGCGGCAGGAGCUGCAGUUGGUACUGCAGCGCCGGAGGAUACGGGAUGCUGCGCUGGAGGCGUAGAUGGCUUCUGUCCAGUUUGCUUCGAGCAGCUUGACGACACAGCAGCAGCUGCAGUUGCCUUACCACCCUUGACAGAGGAUGACGAGCGCCGCUCUUCAAGGCCCCCCGCAGCUGUGGAAACCGUAGCGUACAUGUCUGGGAAGUGCUGGAAACAGCGCUUGCUCCCACCAAAUCAGGAGGUGCAGCUGCGGGAGGAUUCACUGCAGUUGGAGGAACUGAUGUGUUCCUUCACGCCUGAGAUGCAGCCCCUUCUGACCCUUAUAACAUCCCGAGGUGAUCGCGUGGUGCUCCUUGUUGGAACUGAACAGCAGGCUGCUGCUUUUGACUCUGCUAGCAGUAGCAAGAUUCUCAACGGAAGCCCGGACAUAGGGAGAGCCGUGAGCAGCAGCUGCAGCAGCAGCCGCAACCCACUGCAGCGGUUGGGCAGUCGGCGUUGCUGUCUCUUCGUGUAUCUUGGCCUGCGGAUUCCCCAGGAGGAGAAGAAGCAGCAGAAGCCGGCGCACCUACAUUGCUGCUGCCUUCUGUCUUUGCGCUCCCCGCUGUUGGCAGCAGCCGAGGACUGUUUUGUCUGGUGGCCUUUGCAGCAGCCACAACAGGACAGCAGCAGGACCAACAGCAACCUGCGAUUGUUGCUGGAGGGGCACAUCGAAGGCUUCCCUGAGUGUGCCAUGCUUCCCACAGCAGCGUCCGCAGCAUGCAGCAAGGAAGCGGGAGGAGUGGGCGCAGCGGCCGAGACGGCGACCUGCAGCAGCCGACGGUUGUGGCUUUUUACCUCCACCGAGUUCCUUUUGGUAGAGGUCACUGCGCGGAGCAGCAAUAGGCGGGAUAGAAACAGCAGUGUAUGCUGCAAUGCAGUGGGUGCAGCGGCGGAAAGUCGCGCUGCUGCUGCACUGCGGGCUCACAAGGCAGCAGCAAGGGCAGUGUGGCAGCAGCGGCACCAGCAACAGGUGCGCAGCGUGAGGCGCCGCAUGCAAACCGAAGCAGAUGCUGCUGCUGCAGCAACAACAGCAGCAGUGGCUGCGAUCGAGUUCAGGCGGGAGUUUCCCCUGGCUCUUCCCGCAGCCCCUCGAACCUCCUGGGGUUGCUUGCUGGAGUUGCUGCGUCUGCGGCCUUGUAACAGCGGCGGCAGCGAGAGCGCUCUGUAUGGCGACCACUUGCCGCGUUUGACACUUCUUGGCGACGCAGAUGACAACAGCAAGAGCAACAGCAAUUGUCAGCUGCAGCAGCAGCCCCGGUGGCUGGAGGGUUUAGAAAUGCGUCUAGCGAUGCUCAUUAGCCAUCUGUCGAAAUCCCCUCUGUUUGCCGUCACUCAUCAGCAACAACAGCAGCGGCCGGUAUGCGCGCGGCCCUCAGCCCUCUCAACACUAGUUGGCUGCCCGGUAGUGAGCUCGCUGUCGCGCUUACCAUGGAGCGGCGUUCGCUACUCUUCGCGUUUGUGGGAUGCUCGUGCGAAUCUGCAGGGUCGAGAUGAGGCUUGCUCCAGCGCUUCUGCGUGUAAAGUCACGCUUGGGGGGGGGCCACCUCUCGUAUGCCGGCUGCCACUGCCGUACCUUGAGUGGCUUUGCGAGCAGUUGGAUUUGCUGCUGCAACAGCUGCUCCUUUUGGUGGGGCCGCAGGCAUCGACGCUCUCUGCUUCUCUCGUGCAUGCCCUUGUUGCGGCUCGCCGUCCACCCUGGGCUACAAGCAGCGGGAGGAGUGGCGGUGGCUCUGUGUCACUGGAGCAGCUCGUGGAGUGUAUGGACAGCUCAGGCGCUCUGAAGCGGCUGCAGGCUGCAGCCCCCAGCGGCCGUGACUAUGAGCAGCAGCUGCUGCGGCUCGUGGGAUUUGUGCUGCUGUUACUGCUGCUGCGGCAGCUGCUACGUCUGGCUGGAGCCAUUGAACGUCUGCCUCGGAGCAGCCGGAUUACAGCCUGGGAGGAAGCAGAUGCUUUCUGGAGGGAGCAGUGUGGCGCUCGUACUGCGCUUGCACGAACUCCAGUAAUGACGGCAAGGGAGGUGCUGUCCUCGCGGACAGUGUGGCAGUUGCUGAGGUGCAGGGCGACGCAGCAACGACUGUGGCGGUGCAUGAGCACUGCCCUUCUGGUGACGCAGAAGCAGUCACCGCCGCUGCCACUGCAGGGAGGCGUCCAGCCUACGCUGUACCACACAUCCACAAUUAGCAGCCCCAACGAUGCGCUCUCACUCCUCUCCGCAUAUCCAUGGUCCGUAAUUCGAGUUGCAAGCGCACCAACUGCAGUUCCAGCAUACUUCAUAACUGUACACGUCAAGGCAACAACAGCGGCGGUGAUGGCCACAGCGGACAGCCGCGCGCUCUUUCGUUCAUGGGCCGCCGUAUACACGCAACAGUACGAGCAGGAGGGCGAUAAAUGUAUGCUCUUGCUGCAACUUGCAAGUUCACUGAUGUGCCGUUUUGCGGAGUGUGGUAUUGAGCAACAGAGGGCGCUUCUGACCGAAUGCUUGUUGCAGCUGCUGAUGCAGGAGGGCUCUUCCUGUCCAGCAAUGCAGCUUGCGACGCAGCAACUGGUUGCAGCUGCAGGAGCAACGCCAGCAGCAGCUACUGCGGCGACUGCAGCUGCGGGGCAUUCUUCUGCCGGAAAAAAGUUUUUUGACGUAUUGCAGAUCAAAGAUAUCGUCGAAGCUUUUAAAGAGGCCGUCCAUCUUGCUUCUGUUGCCCUCAGCGACAGCAGCAGUAGUGUGUCGGGCUGGCAGAAACUGCUCCCGCGGGUGCUUUCAUAUUCCUGCAAGGAGCAUCUGUUGCUCGAAUUCUCGACACUGAGGGUAUGUGAGGCACCUCCACAGAAGCAGCAGCAGAAGGCGGUGGUGGAGGGGCUGUGGACAAGGUUGGAGAAAGGCGGCGGGGAGGGACUGCCUCUGCUGCUUCCUGACGAGCUGCUUCAGUGGAUUGCGCUUGACUGCCUCUUUGAAGUGCACCAGCAGCAGGCUUCACAGUGCAGCAGAGAAGCAGCUGCCGCUGCCGCCUCGGCCGCUGUUGCUCCAUUCAACCAGCAGCAUGAUGCUGUGGCUGCCGCAUGUGCCAUGCUGGACAGCCCCGUCUGUUGUGGUUUGCUGCUGCAUUGCCAGCCAGAGGCACUGCAGCAGUGGGCUGUUUCUUCCUUACUUACCUUGUACUCCAGUGAAUGUAGCAGCGGCAGCAGCAGCAGCGCCGGAGCCUGUACGAGCACCUCUGCGCCCUCGCUGGUGCGUGCUUACCUGCACUGCUGCUUCAGCGCGGGCCUUGUGGCUCAAGGGGAGUUGCUGGCGCAGCUGUAUGGGCGGCAACAACAGCAGCAACAGCAGCACUUACUGAUUCUGAGAGCAAGCAUAUACACGGCACUGGCAACGACAGAAGCGGCACAGCAGCAGCCGCCACUGCCAGUAGCAGUCCGAUGCAGCGCAGCAGCCCAAGCUCUGCAGUUGCUGAAGCAAUAUGUGGAGGGCAACUUCAAUGGACGAGCCUCCGAGGGAUCCACAGUCCAUUUGGCAUCUCUUUUUUCUUCUCUAAUAGAUCCAAAGCAGCACCAAGAGGAGGAGGAGACGGAGCUGCUGCAGCAGAUCAUUUCAUCACUGGAGGCACUCCACACGAUCCUUAGCGAGAUCCAGCUGCCCCUGUCGUGCUUCGUGGCGCAGCGAGAGCUGCAAAUGCUGCUGCAACAGGAGGGUGCCCAGCAGCAGCAGGUACAGCAGCAGUGGAUAGCGUCUCUUUGCAGCCCAGAGGGUGCGGUGUGGCGCCUGCGGUAUUCGCUGCUGCCGCUGCCGGAGCUCUUCAGGUUUGCUGCUUCAGCUGCUGACGGUCCCCAUCUGGCACUCCGCGCGCUGCUGCUGGACUUGGCGCUGCACCUUCCUGCAGUUGCAGCAGCAGAGCAGCAGCAACAGCAGAAAGUGUUUGGAGCCGCGGGAACGGUUCAUGUCGCAGCUGCUGCGUUACUCUCUAGGCUUUUCGUUGAAGCCUCAAAUCCGAAAUCUCCAAGCUUGAAAGUCGGGCUGCUGCAGCAGCAGCUACCACCAGCGGCGCAUGAGCUUAAAGAAGGGCCCUUGUCGCUGUUACUGCGUUGUUGCGACUUUGCGUGGACGGGGCUCCCUGUCCCUUCGCGCGAGUCCUUUGUUGCAACGGAAGCAGCAGCAGAUGUGUUGAAGAGAGGCAACAUGCAGGUGCGAUGCUGUCUUGAAGUGCUCCAUGCCGUAUGGCAGCAGCAGGCACGGCAGCAGCAGCAACAGCAGCAGCGAGCAUCCUUGCUGCUGGAUGAUCUCUUGUUAAUAGCUACUGCUUGGCGCCGCCGGGACGCACCGGCCCCGCUGCCAGACUUGUUUGCGGUGUAUAUCCAGCUCCUCUCCGAGAAGGCACUUAUUCAGCAAACCUGCGACAUUUUCAAUGCACAGCAGCAGCAACAACAACAGCCAUUCUCUCCGGCGACAUUGGCUACUGUGACUGGCCACCUGCAGAGGGUAACCUUGCGUCUGUUGCUGGAUUGGGUGCGAGAAGCAGAGAAUGGGGGCCCAGCUUUGCAGUAUUUGGAUGCCGCAAUGGAUUCCGAGGUUUUGCUGCCAUUUCUAGAGGGGUUCGGUAGCGAUGGGGAGUCCAGUUCAGAGGAGGCUGAACUUGUAGAAGCCGCCAAACUGGUGAAGGCUCUCUUACUUAAUGCAUGCAGAGGCCUCAAGCCCAAGAGUAAUGGGAAGCCUGAGGCAGGAGAAGGCAGUGGGAGCAGUGGAACUGCGACCACGACAGGUGUUGCGAUUUCAAAACACAUCAUGCCAAUUCAUUGCCAUCAGUUGCCUGAAGAGAUAAAAUCUACUUUUUAUCAUCUCAUUGCAUUAAUGGUCUAA